AUGGCCGGCGACGGCGAUGGCGAUGGCGAUGGAAACAAACAAAGGCAUUGCGUGAAGAUGGUGCCUAGUGGUGCAGAGGAUCGAGCUCGGGUGAGCGAGAGAAAGCACUGUGGAGGUCCUAAAGGUGGCCGAGAGUUGCAGAGGGAGAUGGGGCAGCUGGUGCACGGACUGGAGAGAACCUGGCGAGGCUGCGCAGUAGUGAUGGCUUUCGGAAGCUGUGGAGAGGUGCUUGGGUUGGUGGAGAGUUGCUGGAGGAGUAGCAGGAGACUUCAACUACUGUCGAGCAGAGGGAGAGAAAGAGAGAGAGAAGGAGAGAAUCAGGGAGAGAAAGCUAGGAAAUUAAGGGAGCUGCGGGAAAGAACAAGGAAGGAGGAAGAGAAAGAAGGGAAGGAAAAGAAACAAGGGAAAGAGACAGAAGAGAAAGAAAGGGGAAGCCCUCAUGGCUUCUCAGAACAAGGGGAGAAAAGGAGGUUAAAUAAAGAGGGGGAUGGAGAGCCCUACGCGAGACCCGGCUAG